UAGAUCAGGGCAGAAGCAGGGCGUUUCUAAAGAAAUACGCUGUUAGAGAGCAGAGGAGGGAGUAAAGCCCACGCUAAGCAUGGAAGGAAAGCCAAAUUGAAUAUUGAAUGUCUAAAUAACUGCAUUUUUAAGGAAACGUCCGGAAAGAAAUAAAAUAAAAAGCGACUGGAGGAGGCAAAUCUAAGAAGACAAAGAGAUGAACUGUUGCAAAGCUCCAGUUCUGUCAAGAGCUUCCACGAUUGUAUCUGCUGUUGGGACCAGGACGCGCCACUCUCCUGUUGACAUCUCGUCAGAAAAGCGAUUGGUUCUCACUGGGACGAUCUGCCUUUGCCAUCUCUCUCCAGAGCCUUUUAAUCUUCUGCAUUUGGAGCCCCUACACUUGUGAUUGUUAUUGCAUUUGAAGCACCCAGCUACAACAUAACCACACGUACCGCAACGAAGCAGCAGCCUAGUCAAUAUUUCAUAGCUUCCUAAUGGCCACUAAUGUUUCAUUCUGAUUUAUGAUCAAGCCUUGAAGCCAUUAGCACAUCAUAUCAGAUAAGCACUGUCGGGGGCUUUACAUUAAAACUGAAGCUACACAGUUGCCACAUUAAUCAUUGAGACAUCCUAACAUCGUAUUGUAGUUUCACACCUACAAACAUCCGACAGAGAGUGACAGCCGACCCUACAGUUCCUCUCAAAAGCUCAGGAUGGAGGAGCCCAUUGUCGCCACGGGUAUGGCCGCCAAGCUGAGGAGCCAGUGGGACCGUGAUGAAGGUCUGGGACAGAAUCACAAGGCUGUGAAGUUUCUGGGUCAGGACUACGAGAAUCUGAAGGCCCAGUGCCUCCAGGGCAGGAGGCUGUUUGAGGAUCAUUUGUUCGCUUGUGCCACAUCGUCUCUGGGAUUCGACGAGCUCGGCCCCAGAUCCGCCAAGACCUCCGGCGUCCGCUGGAUGAGGCCCACGGAGUUCUGCAAGCGCCCCGAGUUCAUCGUAGACGGAGCCACUCGCACAGACAUCUGUCAGGGAUCUCUGGGCGACUGCUGGCUGCUGGCGGCCAUCGCCUCGCUGACCCUGAACGACAACCUCCUCCACCGAGUGGUUCCUCACGGACAGGGCUUCCAGCAGGGAUACGCCGGCAUCUUCCACUUCCAGUUCUGGCAGUUUGGCGAGUGGGUGGAGGUGGUGAUCGAUGACCGGCUGCCGGUGAAGGAUGGGAAGCUGCUGUUUGUCCACUCGGCAGAGGGGACCGAGUUCUGGAGCGCACUGCUGGAAAAGGCCUACGCAAAGUUGAACGGCUGUUAUGAGGCUCUGUCAGGGGGCAGCACGUCCGAGGGCUUUGAGGACUUCACGGGCGGCGUGACUGAGAUGUUCGACCUGAGUAAAGCCCCCUCCGACCUCUACAACAUCAUCAGCAGGGCCAUAGAAAGAGGGUCUCUGCUGGGCUGCUCCAUAGACAUCACCAGCUCUGGGGACAAGGAGGCUGUGACGUUCAAGAAGCUGGUGAAGGGACACGCCUACUCUGUGACCGGUGUGGACGAGGUCGUCUACAGAGGAAAUAAGACCAAGUUGGUUCGCAUCAGGAACCCCUGGGGGGAAGUGGAGUGGACCGGAGCGUGGAGCGACAACUCCAGAGAAUGGGACAAUGUGGAUAGCUCCGUCAGAAGUCGGCUACAAAACCGCAGUGAGGACGGUGAAUUCUGGAUGUCCUUCAGUGACUUCCUGCGUGAGUUCACUCGUCUGGAGCUCUGCAACCUGACGGCUGAUGCCCUGCAGACCAGCCAGCCGAAGAAAUGGAGCUCGUCUCUGUAUCAGGGCGAGUGGAGGAGGGGCAGCACGGCCGGAGGCUGCAGGAACUUCCCAGCAACCUUUUGGCUCAACCCUCAGUUCAAGAUUGCUCUGCAGCAUCCCGACACUCCCGGCCAAUCAGAUUGCAGCUUCCUGGUCGGCCUCAUGCAGAAGGACCGGAGGAAGAAGAGGCGGGAGGGCAAAGACAUGGAGACCAUCGGGUUUGCCCUCUACGAGAUUCCAAAAGAGUUUAAGGGCAGCUCAGGCGUCCACUUGAAGCGAGACUUUUUCCUCACCCACGGCUCCAGCGCCCGCUCAGAGCUCUUCGUCAACCUGAGGGAGGUCAGCUCGCGGCUGAGUCUGCCGGCCGGGGAGUACAUCAUCGUCCCCUCCACCUUCGAGCCGCACAAAGAGGCCGACUUUUGCCUCAGAGUUUUCUCUGAGAAGCCCGCAGACUCCGAGGAGCUUGACGAUGAAGUAAUAGCUGAGCUUCCAACAGAGAUCGAGCUGGACGAGAGCCAAAUCGAUGCCAGCUUCAAGAAUCUCUUCAGACAGCUGGCAGGGCCGGAUAUGGAGAUCAGCCUCAAAGAGCUGCAAACCAUAUUGAACAGGAUCAUCGGCAAACAUAAGGACCUGAAGACAGACGGCUUCACAAAAGAGGCUUGUCGCAGUAUGAUAAACCUAAUGGACACGGACGGCAGUGGGAAGCUCGGCCUGACAGAGUUCCAUGUCCUCUGGGAAAAGAUUAAGCGAUACCUGACCAUCUUCAGGCAGUUUGACCUGGACAAAUCAGGAACCAUGAGCUCCUAUGAGAUGAGGAUGGCUCUUGAAUCUGCAGGUUUUAAGCUGACCAACCAACUGUUCCAGCUGAUCAUCCUGCGCUACACGGAGGCCGACAUGGCGGUGGACUUUGACAACUUUGUCACCUGUCUGGUCCGACUGGAGACCAUGUUCAAAACCUUUCAGACCAUGGACACGGAUAGAGAUGGUAUGAUGUCCCUCAACUUCACGCAGUGGAUUACCCUGACCAUGUUUGCCUAGAGACGAGAGGACUCUUCUGUAAAUGUUGCACUGCAUCCCGCAGCUCCAGGCCCAGUAUGUGUGGUUUCAGAAGUGCCUUUUCUCCACCAGUUCUUCCUCUUGCUAUCGUGGCGCUCUGAUGCUAAAAGACUGUAAAUCAAUCUUUACAGUGCCUACAUUGGAAAUGUGCCAAACCUUUAUUUGCCACCUGCUUUGCCAACGGAGGGACGCUCAGUUCUUGUAGCCUGACAGUCAACAUUGCGGUCACACUGACUGCAGACGGGAACAUUUUUAACUAUUUUUUUAACUAUCCAAACAUUUUAUUGGAGGCAGAAAUAAAUAUAUUGGUUUAAUUUCAGUAGGUGGAGAAAAAAUAUCCCUAAUUGUAGUUUGGAUAGAUUUUUUGUCUAGAAAUAAAACAUAAUAUAACAAUGUAUUUUGUUAAAAGUUACACCCUUAUCUUUCAAAUGUUAUAUUCCCAUUAAAAUGUCUGGUUUGGUUAUCCACAUCAGCUGUUUUAGUAAACCAAAUAAAAGAUAAUCCAAACUCAUGUAGGAAAUGAAGCCAAGGAGGUUGAAAAGUAACAAAUUGGUUUUCUGUCCAUACAGCCCUGAAACUCAACCAAAAUGAUUAUUUUUGCACUUUUUUUUAAAUGUAUAUUAAAUGGGAUAUUUUUUGUCGAUUCGUGGUUUCGAUUUUAAAAGUGUUUAUAUCUAAAAUGAGCAAUCAACAAUUACUUAAACAUGAUUGACACAUUAUAAGCAAGGGAUACUUUAGAGCAGUGGUUCUCAACUGGUCAGGCCUCGGGACCCACUUUUUACUUGGUCAAUAAAUCGCGACCCAACAUUUUGAAG